AAGCUAAAAUGUUAUUCCUUUCCCUCCCACAAAGAUGGAAACUUUCUGCUCAAAUUUUGAUCUUGGAUCAUCAAUCCCCUUCUCAAUCUCCAAAUCUUUGAUAAAUCCCACUUCAAAACCAUUAUUUUCUUGUAGAUUUUCAUCCAUAAAUCAUGGUAAAACACCAAGAUUUAGAGGGGUUGUUCCCCAAGCUCUUGGCAGAAAAGAGGCUAUUGCACAGUUCAAGAAGAAGGAUUUUCUUGAAGAGAAUGAAAAUUUGGUGAAAUGGGUAGGGAAAGGAGUUACUGGAUUAGCUGCUGCUUUGUCCUUGUUGUGUAAUUCUCCAGCUUUGGCUGAGUCUUUAACUGUAGCAUUUCCUGUCUCUCACACACCUGAGGUAAAUACAGUUCAGAGGACCUUAGUUGAGGCUUGGGGCUUGAUUAGAGAGACAUUCGUAGAUCCAACUUUCAAUCAUCAAGAUUGGGAUUUGAAACUGCAACAAACGAUGGUAGAAAUGUUCCCAUUGAGGUCCGAAGAUGCUGCCUAUAGCAAAGUCAGGGGAAUGCUAUCUACGCUUGGAGAUCCCUAUACGCGCAUUAUUAGUCCUAAGGAGUACCAAAGUUUUAGAAUAGGAAGUGAUGGAAAUUUACAAGGCGUUGGCCUCUUCAUUAGUGUUGAACCAAAUACAGGGCACCUGGUUGUUUUGUCCUGUGUGGAGAAUAGCCCAGCUGCACGUGCUGGUAUUCAUGAUGGAGAUGAAUUGCUUGAGAUAAAUGGUGAGAGACUUGACGGAGUUGACAGUGAAACCGCAGCUCAAAAACUGAGAGGCCGUGCUGGUACAAUUGUUACAGUCAAAGUUCACAAAGGUAAUGGUGCAGGGGUAUCUGGUUACCGAGAGGUUAAACUACCUCGUGAAGUGAUUAAGCUUUCCCCAAUAUCCAGUACCAUCAUCCCUCAUAAAAUGCCUGAUGGUCGUCUCUUGAAAACUGGAUAUGUAAAGUUGUCAAACUUUUCUCAGUCUGCUGCUAUGGACAUGGAAAAUACAAUUGAGGAGAUGGAAAAUCAGGGUGUACAAUCAUAUAUACUAGAUCUUCGGAAUAAUCCUGGAGGUCUGGUUACAGCUGGGUUAGAUGUUGCCCAGAUAUGGCUAGACGGCGAUGAGACACUUGUGAACACUAUUGACAGGGAUGGAAAUAUGGCACCAAUUAGCAUGGUCAAUGGACAUGCCGUAACACGCGAUCCACUGGUUGUCCUUGUGAAUGAGGGAAGUGCAAGUGCUAGUGAGAUUCUGGCGGGGGCACUCCAUGAUAAUGGCCGUGCAAUCCUUGUCGGGCAUAAAACUUUUGGGAAAGGAAAGAUACAGAGUGUUACACAGUUGCACGACGGAUCAGCUCUGUUUGUUACAGUAGCCAAGUAUUUGUCUCCAGCACUUCAUGACAUCGAUCAAGUGGGAAUAACACCUGAUGUUCAGUGUACAGUUGACAUGCUUAAUUCACCCAAAGACAUCUUCAAGGACAGAAGUGCAUCCGCAUCAUCUUUGGAGGCCGAUUCUUGCAUCAUUGUUGCAGAACAUGAAUUGGAUAAUCAAAAAUCCAAGGGCUCUGCUUCUUGACUUGUUAGGAAUACCAACGUUCUCUUGCAUUUGUAGCAUACUCAUUGUAUAGUAGGAGAUUUAAAAAGGUAGGAGUGGUUAUGAAUAUGAAUCAAAUCAUAUUGUAUAUAAGUAAAGGUAAUAUUUA